CCCUUUAAGAUAACUUGCGAUGCGGACACUCUAGGAGGAGGUUGGACAAUUAUUUUGCGUCGUUUGGAUGGAAGUGAGAACUUUUAUAGAAGCUGGAACGUUUACAAGAAGGGAUUCGGUCAUCUUGAUGGUGAGUUCUUCUUAGGACUGGAGAAAAUUUAUGCAUUGACUUCAGAGAUCAGCAUGGAGUUGUUGGUAAUGCUGGAGGACUUUGAAGGCGAUGUGCGCUAUUAAACUUAUGAGAGAUUUGGAAUCUCAGACGAGAACGAACAAUAUGCAUUGAAUACGUUGGGAAAAGCCAAUGGAACAGCUGGUGAUUCACUAUCAUAUCAUCAUACUAUGAAAUUUACCACAUUUGAUCGGGAUAACGAUCAAUACUCGAAAAACUGUGCGGAACAAUUCACAGGAGCUUGGUGGUACAAGGAUUGUAAUCUCAGCAAUUUGGCUGGUAAAUAUAGGGAUAAUAAUCAUGGAAAGGGCGUCAACUGGAAGCAUUUCCGAGGUCACGAGUACGCUCUCAAAACAGCCGUUAUGAUGAUACGACCAUUAAAGUAAAUUUAAGCAAUUCAUAACUU